CACGCUUUUUCCUUCUAUACAUACACAGCGUUAACUCGAAGCCGUCGCCGAUAUGUUGUAGUUCGGAUUGUGGGACUGGGCAGAGUCGGUCAGUUUGUUGGCUGAGCUGUUAGCCAGCUAGUCGGUUUUAGCCUGUGUUGCUGAUGACGUUAGCAGCCUAGCGGCGCUGUUCGCCUAACGUUAGACUAGACGCCGCGAGAUCAGGUGCAGCAGGUCAGACAUCGCCAAAACCUUACAUUUACGCCAAAACAUCUCACUGCUAACCGUUCCUAAUCAUGCAGAUGUACUAUACACUUUAUUAAGUAUCAUAUGAAUACAAUACGAAGUACAGGACAUAGCACAGAAAAUUGCACUGUAGCAUUCAUUCAUUCAUUCAAAUAAAAACAAACAACGGUGUUAUUGGGGAUUUGUAUAUUCACUACUGCAGUGCCUCAAAAACACUUUUAGUUUAUUAUUCAAAAACCUAGAAUUUGUGCUAAUAAAAUAAAUUGAAGACCUUUAUCGUUUUGUUUUCGUAAAAUGAAAAUAUCUUUCACGUGGAUAAAUGCGUAACUUUGCAACCAAAAGAGUUGUAAAUUAUUUUUUGAAGUUGUAAAUCUAAAAGUGGAUCUGAAAGGAAUCAACCAGGCAAUUAUAUUAAAUAACGUAUAUCUCUAUUAAACCAAUGUGUCAAAAUAGGUUUGUUGCCAAUUUUUAUAUCGAAAUGAAUGAUUCAGUUAUGCGUUAUUGUGGAAAUAUUUAAUCUUCCACGUAAGGGGUGCUUGUUGGUAAAAUGAGGAUAAUAUAGGUGAUGAUAAUUUGUAUAAUCACAAAUCAAAAGGAAUCGCUAGCCACCCACUCGCAUGUAAAUAUAUUGUAUGUGUCCCAUCGCGUGGUGCCACCCAAACAAGCUCAUUGGCUUGAUCAGAUGCUGAUGCUGUCUGUUUGUAUGACUUUGACAGGCGUUUACAUACAGCCUACGAUGUUAACUAGAAGCCGGUUUUAAGGGCUGGUCGUCCUUCCUUCCGUUCGUGCGGUUUGAGCGCAAUGUUUCCGAUGUUUUUUUUUAAUCAGUCUCUGCUGAUGAUCGUGUGCAGCGGCGCGUUAUAUCGACCAUCUAAUAGUAUUAGCCUGGGUUGGGCGUAAACUGCCCAUUUACCAGCUAACGUUAGCCGGGCAGCUAACCGAGCUAGCGAACGCAUCAACGGACAGUCCAGGGAAAUCAUCGGAUUAAUUCAGCCUUCAGCCACAUUCGCUUGUAUCAUAAAGUGAAAUGGCAUGUGAUAAUCUUACAUUCAUGAGGGGCAAGUUGACUGAAGUGUUAAGAGGACAGCAUUCCCAGCACUGAGGGUUGUUGUCUAUGUGCAGUUUUGGAUUUCCUCUUAGAUUUGUCCACAGUAUCAUAUUUCUGUGUUGAGAAGAAGACUGAGCAGGAUGACUGGAACUGAAGCCAACCCUGAACUGUGAGCCAGUGGAAGUCAGGCUGGACUAAUGACGAGCAUGACUUUGCGCCAAACCACAGAUGCAUGUACGCUCUCAGAGUCCACCUGACUGCUGCCACCCUCUGCUUCCUGGCUUUUGAAACUGCCUAUCAGAGGGCUGGUGGAGGCGGGGCUUAGCUAGACCCCACCCCUGUGCUGACCCUCUGAGUGAGACUGGCGCCUCCUGAUGGACCAGGGUGGUAGCGAGCAGCCUGGGGCCGAGGAGCCAGACUCUGGGGGUCGAGCAGAGCGGGAGGCGAGCAGGAGGGCAUCUGAGCCUGAUCACGGCCUGACCAAAAUUACCCACAAUGCCUUGGAGAACAUGGGCGCGCUGGGCCACGGCCUGAAGCACUUCUUCCAACCUCAGCGCAGACGCUCGUCCGUCUCGCCACACGACUACACCUCUUCCUCCACAGGCCCUAUCCCUGAGCCCCCAGAAGUAGGGCCAGAGUUGGGGGAAGCGCCUGCCGUGGCAGUCGCCAUCCCUAACUCUGACCCCCACGCUUCCGCCCCCCCUGCAGCUCUGAGCCGCGUGCUGCAGCAGAUUCGAGGCCCCCCCAUAAUGAAGAGAGGGACCAGCCUGCAGAGCCGCCGCAGCAAGGCAGGGGGGGGAGGGGAGGCCCCCCAGAAAGGCAGCCCCCAAAUCCACAGGCGCAGUACCCAGGAGACCUUGCUGCAGGCGGGACGGCCACGCUCCUCCUCCACCACCGACACACCCAGCAGCCCAGCUUUGGUAGACAUGUUGCUGACCUCGGGGUACCACUCCACUGAAGAGGCUGAUCGGCAAGAUCGUUUGGAGGUGUCGGGCCCUGCCGUGUCUCCCAAUGCUCUGUCAACCAGCUCAGACGGUGGUCAGUAUGGUGUGGAUUCAGUGGAUGGAACUCCAGACCCUCAGCGCACCAAGCAGGCCAUCGCUCAGCUACAGCAGAAGAUCCUCAAACUCACAGAGCAGAUCAAAAUCGAACAAACGGCAAGAGAUGACAAUGUAGCUGAAUACCUGAAGCUGGCCAACAAUGCAGACAAACAGCAGAGUGCUCGCAUCAAGCAAGUAUUCGAGAAGAAGAACCAGAAGUCUGCGCAGACCAUCCAGCAGUUGCAGAGGAAACUAGAGCAUUACCACCGCAAGCUCAGAGAAGUGGAACACAACGGAAUACCACGCCAACCCAAAGAUGUCCUGCGAGACAUGCACCAGGGUUUGAAGGAUGUGGGUGCCAAGGUAACCGGUGGCCUCUCUAGUAUCUCUCAGGCAACGCACUCCGCCGCGGGAGCAGUCGUGUCCAAACCUCGCGAGUUUGCCUCUCUCAUCCGCAACAAGUUUGGAAGUGCAGACAACAUCUCUGCUCUAAAAGACUCUCUGGAUGAACAACAAGGGCCUGAUGAGUCUGUAACAAGUACACGGACAGCAGGCACUAGGACCCUAGGACCUGGGCAGCUGCAGUCCAGCCCAAAAUACGGCAGUGAGGACGACUGCUCAAGUGCUACGUCGGGGUCAGCAGGAGCAAAUAGCACCACGGGGGCUCCCGGAGGCCCUCCGAGCUCAAAGGGUAACACACUGGAGCAUGGCCAGAGCUCAGGCUUUGAUGCACUGCUACACGAGAUCCAGGAACUGAAGGACAACCAGAGUCGACUAGAAGAAUCUUUUGAAAACCUGAAGAGUCACUAUCAGAGAGACUACACAGAAAUCAUGCAGGCCCUGCAAGAGGAGAGAUACAGGUGUGAACGUCUAGAGGAGCAGUUGAAUGAUUUAACCGAAUUACAUCAAAAUGAGAUUCACAACUUGAAGCAGGAGCUGGCCAGCAUGGAGGAGAAAAUUGCUUACCAGUCUAAUGAACGAGCCAGAGACAUACAGGAGGCGCUAGAGGCCUGUCAAACACGCAUCUCUAAGAUGGAGCUUCAACAGCAGCAACAGCAAGUGGUUCAGUUGGAGGGUUUGGAAAACGCCACAGCACGCACUUUACUCGGCAAACUCAUCAACGUGCUGCUGGCCGUCAUGGCGGUGCUCCUAGUGUUCGUCUCGACGGUCGCAAACUGUGUAGUUCCGCUGAUGAAAACACGUAGCCGUACGCUUUCCACAUUGCUCCUUGUGGUAAUCUUGGCUUUUCUGUGGCGGAAUUGGGAAACCAUGUCGCAGUACCUGGACCGGUUUCUGCUGCACCCCAGAUGACCUGCAGGGGCGCUGUGGUUGUCGUUUCGUGAAGGGACUGGAUGGCGGGAACUUUGAUUCAAAGAUGGAGACUAACACUGCCUCAGUUGCACUUAGUAUGAAGGGAUGCGGCACAAGAGUGGAGGACACGGACAGAUCCUACAACCUCUUUUUCUCGUUUCUUUCACUGAAGGAGUGAAUUUGUUUACAUUUUGAUCUUUUUUCCGUCGACAUAAAUUGUAUUGCUGAGUUUCCUUUUAUUUGUUGGAAAUGAUGCAAGUCGUGUUGUUCAUUGUUCUCGUAAUUAUCGUUAGGAUGUACAUUUAUGCAAUUUCCUGAGUGUUGCAUUGCAUUGACUUGACUGGAGUGGUUUUAACAUGCACUGGAUGGAGAUCUUUCUCCUCGGUUUUAAUACCAUAGCAACUGCUCUUUUCCCUCCUAACUUUCUUUCAUUUCUCUUAGUCUCUUCUACUGUCGUCUUGCUCUUCCUCUUAAGUGCAUCUCUAACUCUAUUCAUUUCUUGUGCUUAUCGCUUCACUUUUCCCCACUCGAAACCGUUUGCUGCUGUUUGGACUGUACUGCAAUUGUUGCUGAAUGAAGGAAAAGAUUCGUUGGAGAGGAGGCAUCUGGAGUUUGAUCGAAUGGGCCGAGGAACCCGAGUCAGCCCCAUGCCCUCAAAGAGGCACAGUCCCCUGGUAUAUGAACAGAACGAACAUACUUGAAGAGCUAGAAAUGCUCAAAGACUCUCAGUGCUUCCGUACUGUUUCUUAUAGCGACAAUGAAAUAGUCCUUUUUAGUUUUAUUUUUUAUUUUUUAAAAUGAAAUGAAUAAACACUGUUUUAAAAAUGCUAAA